UUUAGACUUUGAGAAUCGAAUCAUUUGAGUCAAAUCACAGUCGCCUUUCGCUGGUCCAGGGAGCGGAGGACAGUGCUUGCAGCAAACUGGCUGCCAGUGCAACAAGGCUCACAAACGUAAACACUUGCCUGGUUGUUGUGGCCCUGCAACAAGCAGACAUUGCUAUCCCAGUUUGAGCUCCAAGCUCCUCCAGCCAUACCAUUAUACCCAAGUAGACUUUCCACUGGAAAAGGGAGGCUUUCGCCACCCCAUCCAUCACCGGACACCUGUCCAACAGACAUAAAAUUGUUUGUGAUCACUCGCGAAUUGCUCACUCAAUUCCACUUCGACAAGGACAACACCAUAUUGCUUUCUUCUCUUUUUGCCAUGGGUGGAAGUCCAGUCAUCACAGAGUCGUCGUCAAUGGUUGUUUCGUCGCCUCUUCAUGUCACUACCUCUCUCCAGGAGAGGUUGGUUAAGACUCCCCCUGCCUUUGACAGCCGAGCUGGCGUUCAUGUUACCGACCACAAGAGUGACGAUGGCCGUGGGUUUUUCGAGACUCCCUUGUCGGAUGACAGCAACAAUGACCGUGACACCGUUCUCUUGUUUCGCCCUUCCAAGCCACGGGAUGGUAGUUUUGUAGAUGCCAAGCACGUGGCUUUUGGCAGCAUAUCCACUCGGUGUUACGACGUGGUGAUGGGUGACCAUCCCUGCUGCAGCAUGGGUUGUCCUCUUGCGCUGGGAUGGGAGUACUCUCAAGACCCUUCCGUGUCUGUGGACGUGUAUGAGGCUUCACGGUCGCCUCGUCGCUCCAAAGCGGAUUUGAAGACCACUUGGGAACAACGGCGCAACAUGCUCAGCGACGUCUCCGAUGGGGAAGUGAAACGAGCCGAACGCAAAUUGCACCGGGAACGUAGUUGCCAGCGCAAGGUUCGUUCGCGUGUCAGUGCUGCUUUCUUUCAGAUGGACGGCAUCCCAGAAGAGACGUCAGGGCCACAGUGUAUAUAGAACAAAAAUGCUAGAUCAGCACUGGACCGACAAUGAUGGACGAGCUGUACUAUAGAGGACAAAACAACAAAAACAUACAAAGAAACCCACAAAAAA